AUGGCGACAGCUAAAAUAAGCCAGGAAAUCGACGAUCAGUUUCUACAAUGUCCUGUCUGUAUGGACCAGUUUGACACCCCUAAAACAUUACCAAGAUGUGGCCACACCAUCUGUGUUGGUUGUUUGACGAGUAUCAUAUCUAGAAACUAUGGCCGCUUAAAAUGUCCACUAUGUCGAAUUGACAGCACAUCCCUGAUUCCCCGUGGAGGGGUCAACGCACUUCCAGAUAGUUAUAUUAUAAAUUCUUUGAAAGAAUUUGUGAAAGUACAGAAAAAGUCUAAAGCAGUAAUUGGUGAAGUCUGCAGUGUUUGUAAGGAGUCAUCUGCCGAGUCCUACUGCACUGUGUGUGACCAGUUACAAUGCAGUGACUGUAGUGAAAAACACCAAAACAUCACUGUCACAAAACAUCACAAAAUGCUCUCAAUUGACGAGUUUCGUUCUACGCCCUCGAAUUUGCUUCAACCUAGAAAUUGUUCGCUACACGAGGGACACCAAGUAGAGUUGUUCUGUCAGAGCUGUGAUGUGCCAGUGUGUCUUCAAUGCAUUCGGACAUUCCACCAAGGAGAUGACCACAAGCAUGUUGCCUUGGCAACGGCUGCUGAGAAGAAACGAGCAAAAGUUGUAAAAUUACUGGAACAAGUUAACAAAAAGGUCCCAGAAAUGAAGAAAAUACGCGAAAGUCUCAAUCAUAAACAUGAUAAGUUGUCAAUUGAGCGAACGCAACUCUAUAAAGAAAUCUCUACAAAAACUUCAGAAAUUAUUAAUACAAUUAAGUGCUGUGAACAUGCUUUAUUAGAGCAGGUCCAUAGUCAUUAUGAAGGAGUGAUGGGGAACAUUGAGAAUAAUAUUUCUCAAUUAGAUGAAACUAUUCAACAAGGUGAAAAGAUCACAUCCCUUGGGGAAGAAAUGCUUUGGAGCUCUACGGAUUCUUGGGUCUUCUUUUUAGAGAAACAACAUGGCGGCCAAUUGCGAGAGAUAAUCGCUACAAACACAAAAAUAACGCCACCCACCAUUCAACCAAUCACUUUCCAGAGUGGUGACGGUAUCAGUGAAUCUUGUUUGACGUCAUGCAUAGGUAGCUUGGCUUUCAUUGGAUCAGAAGUAACCAGUUUGACAGGCGUCAAUGCAUUACCUGCAACCAUUGGUAGGCAUAGGAAGUUCAACAAAGUUAAAACGAUCGAUUCAUAUGGGCCAAUCUAUGACCGUAAGCGACUGAGACAACCAAGAGGGGUUACGUUGAUGGGUGAUGAAAUGUUCUUGGUUGCUGCAAUGGGGAACGAUCAGGUGCUAAAAUACUCGAUAAAUGGUGGAUUUGAGUCACAGAUAUAUUUUCAGAACCCAUGUGAUGUUGCAACAACUAAAACUUUGUCUUCUCUGGAAGGUACUAUUUACAUUACAGAUGGGCAUUCUUUGACUCGAUAUAGUGACUCUGGUGUUAAGUACUGCAGUGAAGGCAUAGAUGAUAGCAGUCAGGUUCUAGGUGUCACCACCAACCUGGAACAAACCAAAAUGUACGUGGUUGCAAGAUCAAUCACGAAGGAAGAAUCAAUCUGUACUAAUGAUGUCGAAUGGGUAACACCAUCAUCGUCUGAAUGUAUGAACCAGACCAGCAUCUGUUACUGGGAACUAGGAGCAAGAAAAGACAGUCAACACUUGAAAUGCGAUGGUAUCGGCAGGUUCAUUGCUGUAAACAACAAAGAACAGAUACUGAUCACAGACAGCAGUCAUGGGAUUGUGAAAGUGUUCAACAGUAGGAAGAAAUGCUUGGAGUUUACAUUUGGGUCAGAAAAGCAGCUUACGAAUCCACUCGGUGUGUCUACGGACAUGGACGAUAAUGUGUUUGUAUGCAGCAAAGGAUGUGUCAAGAUGUUCUCACCAACGGGAAGAUACCUUUGUCGAGUUGAUAGAUCUCGUGACAAGCUAUUCCAUCCUGUUGCUGUGUGUGUCACAAGACGACAUCCUUACAAGGUUAUUGUCAUCGUUGAGGAUCAUGACAAGAAUGGACAAAUUGUCAUCUACCAAGAAGAACAAUGA